AGAAGCCUGAGUCCAGAUAAUUUCGAUGACUCAGAUCUACCCAUCUGUGAAGUCUUCUUAUACAGUAAUUGUUUGUAGGUGGUCAUUUCAAAGGAAGUGUUUAUCGACAGUGAUUGCAGACAUUCCCAUCACAACUACUGUUCAAUCAUGGACCAAACUCAGCAUUCAAGCAAAGCUGCAGAGGCCCAAGCUUCAAAACCAGAGAAUACAAGGCUCUGCGAUGGAUUCAGGAUAUUUUUGGCAGCCCUCUCAUUCACCUACAUAUGCAAAGGACUAGGUGGAGUCCUUAUUAAAAGUUCCAUCACUCAGAUAGAAAGAAGAUUUGACAUACCAUCUUCCAUUUCUGGUUUGAUUGAUGGAGGCUUUGAAAUUGGGAAUUUAUCAGUUAUUUUAUUUGUAAGUUACUUUGGAUCCAAACUACACAGACCAAAGCUGAUUGGAACUGGUUGUUUUAUCAUGGGCAUUGGGAGUAUUCUGACUGGGUUGCCACAUUUCUUCAUGGGAUAUUACAGGUAUGCAACAGAAAUUGACAUUGGCUCUUUUGGCAACUCCACAUUGACGUGUUUAAACAAUCAAAUGAUAUCACUCAAUGGAACACCACCUGAGAUAGUGGAAAAAGGUUGUGUAAAGGGGUCCAGGUCAUACAUGUGGAUUUAUGUCUUGAUGGGGAAUAUGCUUCGUGGGAUAGGGGAAACACCAAUAGUACCCCUGGGAAUUUCCUACAUUGAUGACUUUGCAAAAGGAGGACAUUCUUCUAUGUACAUCGGUACUCUGCAUAGUAUAGCAAUGAUUGGACCAAUCCUUGGCUUUAUCAUGUCAUCGGUGUUUGCUAAACUAUUUGUAGACGUUGGAUAUGUAGACCUGAGCUUUCUACGAUCUCUGAAAAGCAUCCUUACCAACGACCUAUAUGUUAUAUUCGUGAUACUGACAUUGCUGCAAAUCAGCAGCUUGAUUGGUUCCUUUAGUUACACAUUCAAGUUUAUAGAGCAGCAGUUCGGCAAGACAGCAUCCCAGGCCAACUUUAUGUUAGGAAGUAUAACUGUACCUACUACAGCAAUCGGAAUCUUUUUAGGAGGAUAUAUAAUUAAGAAACUCAAAUUGACCCUGGCUGGACUCGCCAAGUUUGCAUUUUUCACUUCCUCAAUGGCCUAUGUGUCUCAGCUGUUAUAUUUGCCCCUAAUCUGUGAAAACAAGUCAUUUGCUGGCAUAACCUUGGCCUAUGAUGGAAUGAACCCAGUGGACUCUCACAUAGAUGUACCACUUUCUCAUUGCAACUCAGACUGCAGUUGUGAUAAAAAUCAAUGGGAACCCGUCUGUGGGGAAAAUGGAGUGACUUACAUUUCACCUUGUCUGGCGGGAUGCAAGUCGUUUCGUGGUGAUAAGAACCUGAAUAAUAUGGAAUUCUAUGACUGCAGUUGUAUCAGUGACACUGGUUUCCUGAAUGGAAACCACUCAGCGCGUUUAGGUGAAUGCCCAAGAGACAAAUGCAAAACCAAGUAUUACUUUUAUAUAAUUUUUCAAGUCAUUUUGUCUGUUUUCACUGCAAUGGGAAGCACUUCUUUUAUGUUGAUUCUGAUGAAGUGUGUCCAACCUGAAUUGAAAUCACUUGCAAUGGGUUUCCAUUCACUGGUUAUAAGAACACUAGGAGGAAUUCUAGCUCCAGUCUAUUUUGGAGCAUUGAUUGACAGAACGUGUAUUAAGUGGUCUGUUACCAGCUGUGGAGCACGUGGGGCAUGUAGGCUAUAUAACUCCAGACUAUUUGGAAUCAUCUACGUGGGCUUAGGCAUAUCUUUAAAAACUCCAGCACUUUUUUUGUAUGUUGUAUUAAUUUAUAUCAUGAAGAAAAAAAUUAAAGGAAAUGAUAACAAGAUAUUGGAAAAUGGAAGAAAAUUCACAGAUGAAAACAACCCAGAAUCUAUAAAUAAAAAUGGUUACUAUUGUGUACCUUCUGAUGAAGAAAACAGUGAAUCACCUCUUUAA